AUGGCGCGAGGUCCGAGAAAGCACUUGAAGCGCGUUGCGGCGCCGCAUCACUGGAUGCUGGACAAGCUGACAGGCCACUACGCGCCUCGUCCGUCUCCUGGUCCGCACAAGCUGCGCGAGAGUGUCCCGUUGGUGGUGUUGCUGCGCAACCGCCUCCGCUACGCGCUGACCUACCGCGAGGUGAUGAUGAUCGUCAUGCAGCGGCUCAUCAAAGUUGACAACAAAGUCCGAACGGACCAGUGCUACCCCGCGGGGUUCAUGGACGUCAUCUCCAUCGAGAAGACCAAGGAACACUUCCGCAUGCUCUUUGACACCAAGGGUCGAUUCGUCCCGCACCCCAUCCGCGACGAAGAGGCGUCCUACAAGCUCUGCAGAGUGAAGAAGGUUGUUGUCGGCCCCAAGGGCGUUCCUGCGCUCAUCACCCACGACGGCCGCACGAUGCGCUACCCCCAUCCUUCCAUCAAGGCGCACGACUGCGUUCGCCUCGACCUGAACACCGGAAAGAUUGUCGACACGCUGAAGUUUGAGGCUGGCAACUUGGCCAUGGUGACGGGGGGUCAUAACGUGGGGCGCGUGGGGGUUGUUGUGCACCGCGAGCGUCACUUGGGCGGUUUCGACAUCAUCCAUUUGCGCGACGCGAAGGGCAACGAAUUUGCCACGCGAAUUUCCAACGUCUUCAUCAUCGGCAAGGGCGAGAAAGCGUGGAUUUCUCUGCCCAAGGAGAAGGGUAUUCGUCUGUCGAUCAUGGAGAACCGCGCAGUCCAGCUCAAGAAGCAACAACUCAACAACUAG